AUGCCGGAUCGGACAGCUGAAUUCCGUACCAUCGCCCUCGAAAGGUCGCCAUUACGUGCAACAUCUUCACCCAAACCAAAGAUAAAAAAGGAACGUGACAACGAUGCCGCUUACGAUCUCUUCACCAAAGAAGCCUAUCGCAUCCAUGAGCACAUUGACAGUCUACGUCGCUUUCUUUUGUCCAUACGCCGAGCCUACCUCAACACGGAUGCACGACAAAGCCUAAGGAAACGAGCUGGAGCAGCAACAACAACAGCACCCAAAGCAUCAGGAUUGGAGGGGUCGUUGUUUGCCCUGUUUGGCACUGACAUUGGCACCUUGACCGACAAUGAGCGCGACGAGAUCGACUUUCAAGCCAAAGUGAUUAUUCGACGUUGUAUGGAUCGUAUCAAGGAGUUGGAACAUGCCGAAAAAGUGCGUAAAGAAAAGGAAGUGACAGCGUCCACCAAGGGGAUAGCAGGGUUCUUGGGUAGCCUGUUAAUAUCAUCCGAGUCGACACUUGCACGUGACACACUUGCCCUUCAUCGCAGCAGCAUGAUUUGGUUACUGAAUAAGCGAUUGGCUCAAGUAUCAGAGUUACAAAAGAGUCAACAAGAGAUACGGUUACAACGAGAAUUGGAAAAGAGCGAGAAUCAACUCUAUCGAUCUUCCGAGAUGGCAUUUUCAGCACAAUCCUUGAUGGAUGAGGAUGAGGAUGAUAAGGAGGAGAAGGUGAACAAAGGACUUUACAGCAACAAUGAACCAGUACAAGAGGAGAUGCCCAUGGAUGCUUUUCAAGAACAACUUUCUCAAGAGCAACUACAAGUACUGGAACGUGAAAAUUCAACCAUGAUUGAAGAACUCAACAAUACCCUGAACCAAGUUCGCAAUGCUGAAACCGCUUUACUCGAGAUCUCCACGUUGCAGAAUCAAUUGACCGAACAUCUCGCUGCCCAAACAGUACAAACCGAUCAAUUAUACGCUGACUCGAUCGCCACCACUGAACGUAUCGAACAAGGCAACUUGCAACUCAUCAAGACCAAGGAAAGGAACCGUGGCACUCGCAACUUUACCCUCAUAUUCCUCCUAUUCGCGAGUUUCAUUCUCUUAUUUCUCGACUGGUAUUCUUGA